AGCAGUUCCAACAGGCUCUCUGGGGAUGCGAUGUAGGUGAUCUCGAUAGCGACAGCACAGGAGUCGCACGCCGAGCAUGGAAACUCCUCGAUGUCAUCUGUCGCAUGCUCGAGCUUGUUCCAUUCCGUGACCCUUCAUUCCACACGAUGCGGAACCUGAACGUGUGCAAGAGGAUUCACGAGCGACCGAGGUCAUCCAAACAAGAUGAUCCAUCGGGUUCACGGGCAGCUCUGCGGAAUGCACUGCGCUUCACAUUCACCGCUGCCAAGGUACCCCGGGACCCUGCCUUGUCGUACCCUCAGUUUUCGCUGUCCGAAGAUGAUUCCCACUCGCCAGAAGACUUCGACUGGCUGGUUGAUUACCUCAAGUACAUUUAUUCCGACGAAAAUGAGACGGCAGGUAAUAUCCUUUGCUACUGGGUAGCAUGGGAGUGACCUGCAGCCCCGCUAAACAACAUCUGUUCAUCGAGAGGCUCAUGGCUUGCAUAGACAGCAGCAUGUCUCACCGUUUACGUCAUGCUGCCCUUCGUGCUGCUCACAGUGCCCGGGAAGUCUUUGCCUCGAUCGAUGCCAUUGAUAAUGCGAUGCUACGGGACAUGGUUUUCACCAAGUUCUCCCCUGCUAUCCUAACCGCGGUUUGUCCGCGACCGGGUGCAACACCCACUAAACACAGUCCCGACCUCCGCUUUGAUUCCGCCCGUGAAUUGUGCUAUCUCCAACUAGUCUUUUCCCUCGCGAGGAACACCAACUGGCGCUCCCAUUUGUCUCGGGAUGGCCAUAUAAAGCGGUGCAUUAGCAUGAUUGCAGAGUGCUGCGAAUCAUCCGGGUCAGAGCAUGCAUUUUAUCUAGCUGGAAUCUUCCUCCGAAUCGCAUCUGAACAGGCAUCAGUUACACCCCUCGCUUCUAUCACAGAGCAGCAGUGGUGGGAGGUGAUAAGAUGGGCAUGGGACUCCGCUUACCGCACAACUGGCGACAUGCACUGUUUCGAGUUCCUUCCUGUCCUUGUAGAAGGGACAAAGAAGCAUAUAGAGAUCGCUCCGAAAUCCGAUGUCGAGCAGCUCAUCAAACAUGCGAAUCGUUUGCUGGCGUGGCGUUCAAAGCAGAGGGAGGAUGUUGCCGUUGUUGUGAGAGAUUUGAUGGCUGUAGCAUACGAGAGGCUUGAGAAGCUCGAAACACUUGAGAGGUCCGGUCAAUAGUUUUCGGGCAGGAAAUAUGUUAUUACUCCCUUGAUUAUCACGAUGCUCGCAUACCCUGAGAUCGCAGGAAGGGAUGGUGGGCAGUGCAAGUGCGGAAGGUUGGCGAGAUGAG